UGUCAAUCGCGCCCCGACGCGCUCUUUCUCUUCGCAAUUUCUUCCGAGCAGUCAGAUUUCGGUCUCCGAGUUGUGUUGUAGUUUAUUUUAUAGGCCCAAAAGUUUGCUUUUCACCACGGUAUGGCAUUUUUUAACUUAUUGAACCGUGUCGAGUAUGCGUGUGUCUGCGGUCUGCUGAAUCCGCUCACCAAGCUGUACUUUUGUCGUCAUUGCAUGAAGCUGCGCUGCGGAUUCUGCGUUUGUCAUGAGGUCGAUUCCAACUUUUGCUCCAACUGUCUCGAGAACAUACCGUCGUCCGAGACGAAGAUACGCAAAAAUCGCUGCAAUACGUGCUUUAAUUGUCCCAGCUGCCAGCAUACACUGUCGGUGCGUGCCUCGAUCGCUACCGUACCGUUAAGCGCUGGAUCAUCCGAGUCGAAGGAAAGUUCACCGGCGGCGGAAGAUUCGCCGAAGCUGAAACCAGCCAGCAGCAGCACACCGGAGGGAGCAGCAGCCACGGCAGCAUCACCAUCCGCACCCGGUACGAAGCAAGUCACGAAGAAGAUGUACUAUCUCGCUUGUCUCACCUGCCGCUGGAACUCGCACGAUAUUGGCAUUCCGGACCAGACGGCCGCUACCGGCCAGUGGCCCGAACCGGAAUAUCCCAACGCGACCCGGUUCGCACACCUGCUCGAACACUAUCAAUCGGUAGUGCUGCACGAGAAGCAGGAGCGUCAGGAGCUGUGGCGUAGAAAAACGCCCAAGAAGAGCCAGUUUCCCAGCCUAACGGAUCGUACCGGGCUGACGGCAUCGAUGGUACGCCGCCAGAUGGGAUGGACGGACGGGAAGGUGCAGGUAAAAACGACACCGACUCCCAUCAAGGAAUCGGUCGCAUCGGACGAGGUGGACGAACUGCCGGACGACCUGUUCUCGGCCGAGGUUAACCUGAAGACGGUCACGACCCUGACCCAACGCUUAGCCCAGCCCGCCAAGCAGUCGGCCUCGGUCAGUCAGCUGUAUCCGCAGCACAAGCUGCUCUCGAUCAAGCGUUCGCUACGGUGCCGGCAGUGUGACCACAACGUCAUCAAAUCGGAGUACAAUCCUUCCUCGAUCAAAUACCGGAUUGCACUGUUCGCCGCUUACCACGUACCGGAUGUGCGCUUGGUAAGCUGCGAGCCGCUGCGCAGCGAUGGUACGGAAUCCGUACUGCUGCUACGCAUUACGAACCCCACAAUCAACGAGAUGACCAUCACCAUUAUGGAGCUGCCGACGGUCGAGGAGGAGCAGCUGAUGAUACAGGAGCUGAAGGCACUCGCGCUGGAAGGUGGCCCAUCCUCGUCCGUAACGUUCGCCUCGCCCAGCGUUUCGCACCCAUCGUCCUUGUCCAGCCUAAGCCCGGGCUUUCUACGGCAGGGUGCACCGAUGGAGGAACCACGGCUGAUACAGCGGGCUGUGAACGGUACGCUGAAGCUACCGGACAGCAGCUUCAUUAUCAACCAGCGAGACGACUCGGCCGAGUUUGACGAAGUCAUGCAGGGACAUCAGGAUGAACCCAAAUUCGUUGUCUGGCGCAAAGCUAAUCACGUCGUUAUAAGGCUCGGCGUGCAAGCGAAACCCGACCUGCCGGCCGAUGAGGACGUAGUGGUCGGUUUCUCCCUUCAAUACACCUACUUCAAUACGGUGGCGGACAAAAGCCUAGCACCGUCCACCGUUCCAACGGCGCAAAGUGGUUCCGGCAAGGACCAGAAAUGGCAUGCCCUCAGUACGCGCCUAUACGUAAACCUAGGUAAGCUGCGAACGGGCGGUGAACCAGUCCAAUCCAACUAGGUUCCGGAUCGGAUUCGUUAUGGUAUUUAGGGUUUAAACAUAAAGGAAGGCUUCUAAAGUGGCACCUGCAUUAUAAUAUGCGGAUAUCGUAAUUUUUCGCACACGAAACUGUAAUCCCCGAUAUAUAUUUGCUUUACCCAUUUUAUUUAUGAAAUUAUACUCGUUCAGUAAUAAAAAGCGACUGAUAGGUUGUUCUAUGAACCCAGCUUAAA